UCCCAAUCUCCCCUGUCCCGAUGGAAGGGGUGCAUUUGCCACAGCCUUGUCAGGAACCCUGGAGCUCAUCGGCCCAUGCCUAGUCUCUCGACAUGACCACCUUUGAAGAUCUUCCAACAGAAACACGAAUCCUGAUACUCCAGCACCUGGCCAGCAUCGAUCUGCGGAGCUUCCUCGUCUCACAGGCAACCUGCAGGAGCUUGCACCUGCUCGUCCAGGAAAUCCAGUCUCAUCCCCAUGGCCUGCCACAGCCCACGGAGGACGAAGACGGCAGCAAACAGAGGAGCCACCACCUGGCGCUGUCCACCCCUGCCACGCUACAGAAGACCUCACUGAACCCCGUCCUGGCGCACGCCUUCGCCCCGCUCUUCAGCUCAGCCGCCUGCUUCACGCCCGAGGAGCGCACGCGCUCGCAGUGGUUCCUCUCGCUCAACGGGGACGUGGCCAAGCCCUUCCGGCGGCUGCCCUGGGCCACAGGGGGCGGAGACAGCAGCAGCAGCAGAAGCAGCAGCGUCCCCCCUCACCAGCGGCGGCAGCUACGAGAGGCCUACCUCGGCCCCGGCGCGAGCUGGCGCCGCACCAGCGUCACCCUCGCCCGCGGCCCGCCCAUCACGCGCCUCGAGCUCGUCAAGAGCUACUCGUCCGAGGGCCUCAACGAGGAGGGGCGCGACCACGUGGAGCACCUGCUCGUCGACCUCCCCCCGUCCCGCUCUUCCUCCUCUGUAGGCAGUGGUGGUGGCGGCGGCGGCUUCCUGACCAUGGGUCUGCUAUACGACCUGCUCCUGACCCACGGCGCGGUCGACGACCCCGCCGCGGCCACCUUCGGCGCCGAGACGGGCGCCUGGGACCUGCUGCCGGGCCGCCGGCUACGCAGCUAUGCGCUACUACUCGAGUACGAGUGCUUCAUCCCCGACGACGAGGAGCUCGUCGACCUCGGCCCCGGGGCUGAGGGGUCUGCUAUCCUGUAUGUGCGCGGCGGGAGCACUGUUGUUGCGGGGGCUGACCAGGACCGACGGUUUGAGGGGGGCGGGGACAAUGAGGAUGGGGUUGUUGGCGAGCGGUGGGUGCCUGAGAUGAUUGGGGAUAGGCCCAAGAUCCGGCCUGCGGAGGUGCCGUGAGGGUGGGUCGACCUGGCGCGCCGUUAUCUACUCGAUCGUAGGCUCCUGGGGCUUAUGAGCCUGGGUUGGGCUAAGAUGCAAGACGGUAGGUUGAUGCGCUCUGUGCCUCGACAUACAUGCCAUGCUGCGGAUGAUAUGGAAUAAAAACAGGGCGUGGUAAGACAGCAUUGCAUGUGUAGACGUCGUAUCUUGCCGGGGCAGAGCGUGGCUUUUCAACACUAAAUUUCACAAUGCAAACUCGCUGUGUGUCAAAUAAUCUGACAACAAUUCUCAAUACACCUGCUAUAGACAUCAACAGAACUUCCGAUCAGAAAAA